AUGCAAAUCCUUAGAACCGAGGACCAGUGUCUCGACUUCAGCAAGAAGAACCUCCUCAAGUUGGUGGUCUUUGUUGCCUACAAGGAAUGGACGUUCACCCUGGCCUUUGAGACCCAUCCGUCCCAAGAUUUUCCCUGUGGGACACGAGGCACCUUCAUGGCGGGCGGAAACGGCGACGACAUCGAGUUUUAUGAUCCCCUGUCGCUCGACUGGGAGGAACACCGUCUGGCCGAGUUCCAGUGGUUACAGUUUGAACCCAAGGCUUCGUCUUGA